AUGGGGCUACUUGCUGAGUCGAGGACGCGCCGGAAAAUCCAGCACGAUCCCAACAACACAAGAUGGACUCGCGACACCACCACGUUCGGCCAGAAGAUGCUGAGAUCGCAGGGCUGGGAACCUGGUCAGUUCUUGGGAGCCAAAGACUCAGCACACUCUGAAUUCCACACCGCUGCGAAUGCGUCGUACAUCCGAGUCUCGCUCAAAGAUGACAUGAAGGGUCUCGGCUAUAGCAAAUCCAAGGAGGACGAAGUCACCGGUCUCGACGUCUUCUCCGAUUUAUUGAGCCGUCUGAACGGAAAAUCCGAAGCCGAAGUGGAAGAGAAGCAGCAAGCCAGACUGCAAGUCAAGAUGCACGCCUAUGUGGAGCAGAAAUGGGGUCCAAUGAGAUUUGUGCGAGGAGGUCUGCUAGUUGGCGACGUUAUGGAAGAUGGGAAUGACAAGCCGAAAGACAAUUCGGAUGAAUCAGAGAGCUCUUCCGAAGCAGACAACAAAAAGUCCAAAUCUAAGAAGAGAAAGGCUGAAUCUCUGAAAGACGACGAGGAGCAGUCAGAAGACGAGGAAGACGAGAAGAAGAAGAAGAAGCAGCGAAAGGAAGAGCGAAAGGCUAAGAAGUUGGCAAAACCCGAGUCUGCCGAAACCAGCGACUCAGAAAAGGCCAAGAAGAAGGAGAGGAAGAGAGAAAAGAAGGAGAAGAAAGAGAAGAAGGAAAAGAAGAAGUCGAAGAAAGACAAGGCCCUAGCCGACAAGGAGGCCAGUGAAGAUGCUGCAGAAUCAGACGACACAGUGGAGAAUCCAUCAUCGUCAAAUAGCGGCUCAGAGAAGGUGAAGAGCUCGAAGAAGGAUAAAAAAGAGAAGAAGGAGAAGAAAGAAAAGAAGGACAAGGAUAAGAAGAAGAAGAAAAAGAAGGAUGCAGACACAUCCGACACAGAGAUGCCCGAUGCGGCUCCCUCACAAUCGCGUUCCGGGACGGCUACUCCGAUCAGCACAGGCACAUCAACACCAUUGAGCCGCAACUUUUCCAGAGCACGAUUCAUUGCCCAGAAGCGAGCUGCUUUCGCGGAUACCCAAGCAUUAAAACAGAUCUUCAUGGUCAAGGCAUAG